CUACGAGCAAGCCUCAGUGAUUAUAAUAGGUAUGAUACCAGAUUGUUUUUAGCUCGCCCGCCGCUUUGUGAAGUAUAUAUAAAGGAAGAUCCCGCUUUCGUUAUUUUUUUUUUCAUUCAUCAACUUUCUUUAUACUGACAACAGCAGCAGUAAUGUCUGAAAUCGAGCUCGUUACGCCAAAAGGCUACAAAAUCACUUUGAACACUGGCUUGUUCAUUAACAACGAAUUUGUCAAGGGUGCAGGUACCAUCGAUACGAUAAAUCCAUCUACUGGCCAAGUUAUCGCAUCAGUCGAAGCUGCUGAAGCCGAACAAAUCAAUUUGGCAGUGGAUGCGGCCGAAAAGGCAUUUUAUGGCGGUGGUUGGAAAACAAGCAACCCGAGAGAACGAUCACGUCUUAUGAAUAAACUCGCUGAUCUCGUGGAACGGGACGCUGAAGAUCUGGCUCAAAUUGAGGCUUUGGAUAACGGAAAACCGUUUGGAUUUUCAAAUGCUGUUGAAAUUCCAUUAAUCAUUUCGCAAUUACGUUAUUUUGCAGGUCUUUGUGACAAAUUGCAUGGCAAGGUCAUUGAGACACAAGGCAAACUGUCAUAUACCGUGCAUGAACCCAUUGGUGUCUGUGGCGGUAUCAUUCCUUGGAAUGUGGGAGCACUCAUGCUUGCCUGGAAAAUUGCCCCUGCCAUAUGCUGUGGAAACACAAUUGUUGUCAAGACAUCCGAACUGACCCCUCUGUCUGCACUGAAAAUAGCUACACUUAUCAAGGAAGUUGGCUUCCCACCUGGUGUGAUUAACAUUGUUACUGGCUAUGGCCAAUUGGCAGGCGAUGCAUUGGCUCGUCACAUGAGAGUACGCAAGCUGGCGUUCACCGGCUCGACGGCUACAGGUCGUGCUGUCCUCAAAGCGGCUGCAGAAACGAACCUGAAAAAGGUCACACUAGAGUUGGGUGGCAAGUCUCCCAAUAUCAUUUUUGAUGAUGUGGAGGAUUUGGAUCAGGCCGUUUGGUGGUCGUUGAAUGGCGUUUAUGUAUUGGGUGGUCAAGUAUGUUUUGCUGGAUCUCGAAUUUACGUUCAAGAAGGCAUUUAUGAUGCCUUCCUUGAAAAAUUCAGAGCCAUGGCAUCAAAAAGAGUGGUUGGUAGUCCGUUUGGCGACGAAGACUCUGAACAAGGACCCCAAGUGUCUGAGGAUCAGCUCAAGCGUGUCUUAAACUAUAUCGAUAUCGGCAAGAAAGAAGGCGCUACAUGUUAUCAUGGUGGCAACCGCAUUGGAGAUUCUGGUUAUUUUAUUGAGCCCACCAUCUUCACAGAUGUCGAACCCAGUUCGAGAAUCAUGCGCGAAGAGAUAUUUGGCCCUGUGGUGGUUAUCAGCAAGUUCAAGAACCAGGAUGAAGUGAUUGCUCAGGCAAAUGAUACGAGCUAUGGACUUGCAGCGGCAGUGUUUACGUCCAAUGUCACACGAGCAGUGGCAGCCUCUAAUGCAUUGGAAGCAGGCACUGUAUGGGUGAACUGGUACAUGCAAGUAGAUUCAGAAAGUCCGUUUGGUGGAUACAAGCAAAGUGGAUUGGGUCGUGAGUGUGGUGAAUACGCUUUGUCUGAUUAUACCCAAGUGAAAGCGAUUAAGAUCAACAUUGGUUUGUAGCAAGCAUGCUGCUUUGUAUCAAAACUGGACAUUAAACAAAGCGUAGAUAAACGU